AUGGCAUGGGAAGGAGGAAUUGAGCCCAAUGGCACAGAGGGAAAGAACUUCUACAUCCCCAUGUCCAACAGGACCGGGAUCGUUAGAAGUCCUUAUGAAUAUCCACAGUACUACCUGGCGGAUCCCAUCAUGUUUAAGCUGCUGGCUCUCUACAUGUUCUUCCUCAUCUGCACUGGAACUCCCAUCAAUGGACUGACAUUGGUAGUAACGGCUCAGAACAAGAAGUUACGGCAACCUUUAAACUACAUCCUGGUGAACCUGGCGGUGGCCGGACUCAUCAUGUGCGCUUUCGGAUUCACCAUCACCAUUACAUCUGCCGUCAACGGAUACUUCAUUCUUGGACCAACUUUCUGUGCCCUUGAGGGGUUCAUGGCCACGCUGGGAGGUAAAAAGAAAGUUCUUCCUUCAUUAAAUCCUCAGUGUGAAAGAAAAACCCAAAUGAAUGACUCGUUAAUGUUUCCUCCACAGGUGAAGUUUCCCUCUGGUCACUGGUCGUCCUUGCCGUUGAGAGAUACAUUGUCGUCUGCAAACCCAUGGGAAGCUUCAAGUUCAGUGGAACUCAUGCAGGUGCUGGAGUUCUUUUCACCUGGAUCAUGGCCAUGGCUUGUGCUGCCCCCCCACUGGCUGGCUGGUCAAGGUAAUCAUUUUUAUUUUAAACUUUUCGAUAGGAACUUUAUAUUUCUAAACCACUCAAAAGCACCAUUAAAUUUUUCUGAGGACAUGGGAGAGUUGAAUUGGCCAGAUAAAGCAGUUUUGUGUGAUCUCACACAGGUACCUCCCUGAAGGCAUGCAGUGCUCCUGUGGACCUGACUACUACACUCUGGCUCCAGGCUUCAACAAUGAAUCAUAUGUCAUGUACAUGUUUGCGGUUCACUUCUUUGUCCCAGUGGGAACCAUUUUCUUCACAUAUGGAAGCCUUGUGCUGACUGUCAAAGCUGUAAGUGACACUUUAGUCAAUAUUUGUUUUUGCCUUUUUUUUUUCUUUUCUUUCAAAUUGGCUCGUAACAAUCUCAUCUUUUUUCUUGAUUUUAUUACUUUUAGGCUGCAGCUCAGCAGCAGGACUCAGAAUCUACCCAGAAGGCUGAAAGGGAAGUCACACGUAUGUGCGUCCUCAUGGUUUUUGGCUUUCUGACAGCUUGGGUGCCAUAUGCCAGCUUUGCUGGUUGGAUUUUCCUCAACAAGGGAGCGUCUUUCUCAGCCUUGACAGCAGCUAUCCCUGCUUUCUUUGCGAAGAGCUCAGCCUUGUACAACCCUAUCAUCUAUGUGCUGUUUAACAAACAGGUACAGUACACUUUCUAUUUUCUAAUUCAGCUUUUUGGUCUUCAUACAAUCUUCACCUGUGAACUUGUGUUUGAACAUGCUGCCUUUGCUCUCUUUCAGUUCCGUAACUGCAUGCUGACCACUGUUGGAAUGGGUGGCAUGGUGGAGGACGAGAGCUCAGUUUCCACAAGCAAGACAGAAGUGUCUACUGCCUCUUAAUCACAAUAACCAAGAUCAAGAUGAUCAAGUCUCUGGACAUUUUCUUUACUCUUUGUUACCAGCUUUUAAAAAAAAGACUUUUCACAAAUGGAUUCAUGGCUUUGGACUCUGGACUGAACACACUGAGGAAUUCUAUUUCCCCUGUAAAUAUAAAUAUGUAUAAAAGAAAUGCACUUGCUGUCGUGCACAGCACUUGUAUGUAUGUGUGUUUGUGGGAGAAUAUAUGAGUGUGUAAGAAAACUGCGACCAACUGUACAGCAUUUGAUGACCAACCCAAAUCUCAAUGUGACAACUUUUCCUGCUCUCUGAAUGAGUGUUUGCACGUGCAUCUGUGUGUUUUCCUCGUCUACUGUGACACAAGUUUCAUGAAUUUACAGAAAAAAAGAAAAAGAAUAUAGGAUGAAGAAGAUAAUAAAUGCAUGCAUCAAAAGAAAA